AUGUAUCUGAUCAUCUACGAUCCAUCAGUACCCUUUGGUCUAGGUUAUCUUUGGAAAGAACUGGAACGACGAAGGUUACAACUGAAAAAGUGCGAUGAACGUGAAAAGCAAAUGGCACCACCUCCGCCUCGGAGACCACGUCUCAAAUUUAGUGCCGAAGUUGCCCUUUUGGAGGCCACAAGCCGAGCAGAUGCAGCUGAAGUGGAGCGAUUACUAUUGGAUGGAGCGAAUCCGAAUUCGCAUAAUGAAGACGGUUUAACACCGCUGCAUCAGGUUCGAUCGCAUAGCCAUACAUUUCUUAUAUUAUAUGCCACACACUUUCUUGGAAUUUCAAUAUCGAAUGUGGGAUAA